CUUCCAAGAUGGCGGCGGCGGUGUUGGGCGCGCUCGGCCGCGCGGGCUGGAGGCUCCAGCGGCUGCGGUGCCUGCCCGUGUCCCGCUGCGAGCCAGCCCUGGGGUACCGGGCCUUUCAUGCCUCAGUUCUGCAGCUCAGGUCUGCACAGGAACAGCAGCAGCCGCCACCCCACAACUUUUCUCACCAACAAUCUGAGACGCAAGGAGCAGAAGAGCCCAAUCCAACAUCUUCUCAUCCACCCCCCAGGUACACAGAUCAGGGUGGUGAGGAAGAGGAGGACCAUGAGAGCGAGGAGCAACUACAGCACCGCAUCCUGACAGCAGCUCUGGAAUUUGUGCCUGUCCACGGCUGGACAGUGGAAGCCAUUGCAGAAGGAGCACAGUCUCUAGGGCUCUCCCGGGCAGCUGCCAGCAUGUUUGGGAGUGAUGGUGGCGAGCUGAUCCUGCAUUUUGUGACCCAGUGCAACUCCAAACUCAGAAAUCUGUUGGAAGAGGAACAGAAGCUUAUACAGCUGGGCCAAACAGAGAAGAAGAAAACAGACCAGUUCCUGAGGGAUGCUGUGGAAUUGAGGCUGAGAAUGCUGAUCCCCUACAUUGAGCACUGGCCCCGGGCUCUCGGUAUCCUCUUGCUGCCGCACAAUAUUCCUCCCAGCCUGAACCUGCUCACCAGCAUGGUGGAUGACAUGUGGCACUACGCCGGGGACCAGUCCACUGACUUUAACUGGUACACACGGCGGGCAGUGCUGGCUGGCAUCUACAAUACUGCAGAGCUGGUGAUGAUGCAAGACUCCUCCCCAGACUUUCAGGACACAUGGCACUUCCUGGAGAACCGGAUUAAUGAUGCAAUGAACAUAGGCCACACUGCUAAGCAGGUCAAGUCCACUAGCGAAGCGUUGGUGCAGGGACUUAUGGGUGCCGCAGUGACGAUCAAGAACUUGUCAGGCCUCAAUCAGCGCCGAUAACCAGGGCAUGCACAGAAGCAGGCCACAUGGGUACAUGGAAAAGAACAUGUGCUGCCCUGCCUGCACAGAGAAAGAAAAAGACUCUGCAGUCACUGGGUCCUUGGUGAUACACUUUGAACCAGGACUGGUUCUUCUACUCCAGGGCUUCCUGAUGCCUAUCUGCCAUGCAGCUGUGCCACUGAAAAUGCCUUCCGCCUCCGAACCCAGGAGCCUGUCAGGGCUCACAGACACUGUCAUCAUGUCAGAACCUUCCUCUAAAGACUCAGGGUUCCAGGCCAGGGUCUGAUGUCUUCCUAGGGUGAUGACUCAGGCACAGCACAGCAAAGGCUCUUGCACACAGAGGCUUUCCUCCUGCCUCUUGCUUCCUGUGUCCUGAGAGACUGCACCCAGGUACCCUGGCCUGUCUCCAGAUAUAUCCCCUCCCUGAGUCCAGUACACGUUGCUCAUCGAAAAGAGGCUCAGUCCACCAGCUGUCACUGAUGGACUAUUAGUGAACCUGGAGUCUGUUUACUGGUAUAAUAAACA